GGUAAUAGCAUUGCUGAAUAUAGAGGGUGAGAUCGCGAUAUGCUGAAUAAAGUAAAUAAUAUGAAUAUGAGGUACAGAUGCAGCUGCUGCGCGCCCUAACUCUUGAACAACGAGAUGAGGUGAACCUCCAUCAAGUACCUACACUGGUUAAUGAUUCUGAAUAGGUUACCAAAUGAGAUAAAAUAAUUUUGUGUGACUGUGCCCCCUUGCAUGGAUCAAAAUGGAUAUUGAUUUAAACUUACCAUUACAAGUUCCAUGUCAUGUAAAGUCAGCUCAACCUGAACCACAGUUCUUAUUUUUAUUUCAUGAGCCAAAAUAUGAAGACUUCUUUCAUCACUUUCUAUCAAAAAAUGGCCCAUGUAUUCUGUCAUGUGGUGUAACAGAUAAAUGGGAUGCUUGCAAGAACUGGGUUGAUGCAAGAGGAGAACCUGAUCUUCAGGAUAUCUGCAAAUACUUUGGUGACAUUGAAGUUCCAGUGGCCAACUGUUCAGAAAAGUACUUUGACUCGCAGCCAAAGACUCAGCAAACUCUGGAUGAGUAUGUCACCUACAUGAGACAACCAAAUCGCCAAGGAUGUCUGUACCUAAAGGACUGGCAUCUGCAGCGUGAGCAGCGGCUCCGCCGGCCGGACGACCCUCCCUUCUACCGGACUCCGCGCCUGGUGGCCUCCGAUUGGCUCAAUGAGUUCUGGGAGGCCCGGCCGGAGAAGGCAGAUGACUACCGAUUCGUCUAUGUCGGCGUCGCUGGAACAUGGACCCCAUUCCACGCCGAUGUGUACCGCUCGUUCAGUUGGUCGGCCAACGUGUGCGGCGCCAAACGCUGGAUCCUACUGCCACAUGGUGAGGAGGAGAAACUACGCAGCCUCUCCGGACUGCCGUUUGAUGUCGCUAGUGUGCUGGGCGCCGAGAGUGCAGACCAAGCUUUGGGGUCCAAGGAGCUCCGUGCCGGCAUCAGGAGCAGCGACGGUGCAGUCGAAGCCGGUGAAGAUGCUGUCCCCCUCCAGCCUCGGACCUCCGCCGACGGUGUGCGGUACUUUGACGUUCGUCAGGAGGCGGGAGAGGUGAUGUUCGUCCCCUCCGGCUGGCACCACCAGGUGUGGAACCUCCGAGACACCAUCUCCAUCAACCACAACUGGUUCAACGCGUCCAACAUUCAUCUGGUCUGUGAACACCUAAUGGCCUCGCUGGCGGACGUGAGAGCAGAGCUGGCCGAUAUCGCGGACAGCUCGGAUGAGUUCCUAUCGCAGUGUCAGACCCUGCUCCGAGCCACACAUGGUAUGGACCUAGCAGAGAUGACUGAACUGCUGUGUUUUACCAUCAGUCGGAGACUGGCGGCGCUGGCUGGCGGGGAGCCGGUGAUGGGACUGGAUGGGUACCGAUACGGGCGGGGUCACCUGGUGUAUGAUGUGAAGUGUGCGAGCAGAGAGCUCAGGAGGCUGCUCGCGCGGGAGGAGUUCGGGAGGCUGGAGGAGCUGAGACGGUGGCGGACGGAAGCCGAGCGGCUACUGGAAGAACUAGAAGUGUUUGACUUGACGGUAGAUGGCACGACGGAUAAUGACACAGUGUAGCAUCGCGUUUGCUAUGUGAGAGCGCUGUGAGAGCUGUUAUCUGGGCUCUGUUUCACGGCCUGACGCUGCAGUGCGCUACGCCACGCUACUGUAUUGGUGCGGCGUUUGAGACGAAUCCGCCUCGGCACUCCAGCGUUGCGAGCGUCCGAGUUUGAUAGUACACCGAUACACUUAGCGCGCUGUAGCGUCGUGCCGUGAAACAGGGCCCUGGCAACUCCGGUGUCUUCAACGUAGACGAAUGUCUUUAGCGUCGGUUGUCAAAGUACGGGUCUAACGAAGUGUGUAUAGCUGCAUCGUGCAUGGUGAGGUUCCGCCAACGGAUGGGUUUUGUGUGACGUCCAUCAGCGAUUGAGGACAUAAGCGACUUGGUCAUCGCACUGUGAUAAUGCUGUUUUUUUUUCAAGGCUGGUCGAUGGUGUUAUCGACAGUGACUCAUAUUUAUGUAACAAUGAGCUCGUAAAUGUGUAGUUUACGCCGGCUUGGCUAGUUUGGCUGGCUAGUUUACGUGUUCUCGAUUCAUGGAGUAAGACGGUCUGGCUGUAGCUGCUUAUACUAAGCGGGAAAACUUGUUCAAUAGUCAUCGUUACGCGCAGUUAUAUAAGAGCUGAAUUCCUGGGGCUUGAAGGCCGUCUCCCCACCCCAUACAGGACAGAAAUGCAGGCUCACUGUCGGUUGAUAACAUCAGACUUUCUUCUGUCAGCUAUCGGCCACCCCUUAUAUUCGCGCCAUGAUGCGCUAGUCAUACGCGUUGUUGUUGCGAAUCGGACAGGGAUUGGCUGUACGUUUUAAUCGGCUGUGUCGGUGCAAGCCGAUAUAUUUAGGUUUAUAGCGCUAUCAACUCCCAGAGGCCUUGUGAACAAACAUCGUCCAACAGUACACGAAGGAAUAUGUAUUUUGUACAAAA